CUUAGGCUGGUCACUGGCAGUCUUCAGGACAGGACACAAACACUGAAGAUCCGCUGAGAGAAAAGUGGGCGAUGUUGCAGCAAGGAUCUCGUUUAUGGACAUUGUGGGAAGGCUGUUGACAAAGUCCAGACGGAUUGUAGGUAUUUUCAAGCUGGAACAUUGAGGUAGUGUGAUCGCCGCAGUAUCUUUAGAUCACUUCUGAAAGGAAUACAAAAAUGUCGUCUCCAAGUCCGGGCAAGAGGCGAAUGGAUACCGACGUGGUGAAACUCAUUGAGAGCAAGCAUGAGGUCACCAUCCUUAGUGGACUGAAUGAGUUUGUGGUGAAGUUCCACGGACCGCCUGGAUCGUCUUAUGAAGGAGGUGUGUGGAAGGUCAGAGUGGACCUGCCAGAUAAAUACCCCUUCAAAUCACCAUCAAUAGGAUUCAUGAAUAAAAUCUUUCAUCCCAACAUUGAUGAAGCGUCAGGAACCGUGUGUUUAGAUGUCAUUAACCAGACAUGGACAGCUCUCUACGACCUCACCAACAUCUUUGAGUCGUUCCUCCCUCAGCUGCUUGCCUACCCCAACCCCAUCGAUCCUCUGAACGGGGAUGCAGCUGCCAUGUACUUGCACCGGCCGGAGGAUUAUAAACACAAGAUCAAAGAGUACAUCCAGAAGUAUGCCACAGAGGAGGCUCUAAAGGAGCAGGAGGAGGGAGGAGGCGACUCCUCCUCCGAGAGCUCCAUGUCAGACUUUUCGGAGGACGAGGCUCAGGACAUGGAGUUGUAGUGAACGGGGAGAUCUAGCCCCCUUCGCCUCACAGCAGACAGUCCUUUCCUAAAGAGCAGAAACUCCGUACUAUAUUCAUAUUUAAACAAGACAAUUUUUUUUACAGCAACACGAGGAUUUUUAUUGCUACACAAGGAUUUGCAGUAUGAUAUUGCAGAAUAUUAACCCUUACUACUUUCACCCUCCUCUUCGCCCUCAAGAGCCUGUUUAGAUCAGAAAGGAGUGCAUCAUUCAUUUCCACGAUCUUUUGGUGGCUUCAAUCAAGGCUUUCACACUGCUUGUCCAGACUGAGGACGGAGGACUGACAUAACAUGCGCAAGUUCUUUUUGUUGUUGUUGUCUUUAUUAAACAUUUUACUGCAUCAUCGGGCAUCUCUCCCUCGCAGACAGAGGACUGCAGGAUGACAAUCCACCAUUUCUGAGCGGUCUCAACUUCAAAAUCAGAUAAGCGUGGAUUCCCCUUUUUUUUU